AUGAUUACCGCCAACCGCGCGUCUUCGUCAUCUUCAUCGAAAACGAACGACGGCGGCGAGGAGGGCGCGUUUAUCGCCUCGGCGAUCGCCAUGGGUGUGCCCACGCUUGCGACUUUGGCGUAUCCGAGCGCGCUCGUGACGAAUGGGCUCGGGUUGGAGUGCGCGACGCCGCUGUUUGGACAAAGCUUUUCGAGCCUCGCGAGCGUGCAGCACUUUAGUAACGCCUUUGGGACGGAUGCGUUCGCUUUGAUCGCGCUCACGGCGUUGUACACGCUCGCAGACGCGGCGAAGAAUAGUCGGUUGAAUUCGGAGACGUAUCAGCGAUUGGCGCUGGCGAUGGUUUUGUUCACGGGAAGCUUCGCAGUGGCUUUCUUAGGCGCGUACUUACAAAGUCAGGCGACGGGCGAGACGGGACCGAACGCGGCGGCGGUGGGCGGACUCUUGGUGACGUUCGCGCCGGCGUUCGCGACGAGUGUGAAGGCGAUUCGAGAAUACGGCCCGGGACACGACGAGACGUGGGCGCGCGUAGGCAAAGAUUUCGCAGAAGCGAAGAACCUCAACGAGCGCUCCGAAACGGGUGGCUAUCUCGAGCUCUUCUACAAGGUUUCGUUCUGGACUAGCCUCGUCGUUGGUGGCUCUUUCGCCUUCAGCCCGCUUUCACCGUUGGCUAUCGUGAACGAGAUGGAACCGAGCUCGCAACUGAUUCAACGCGCGUUCGGUCUCGCGACGGUUUUUCUUCUCGCGCCGACGCAGUACAUACUCAUUGACGCCGCCAAGCGCGGUCGCUUGGGCGGCGGCACGUUCAAAAAACUCAAUCUAUCCAUAGCCGCAUCGAUCGCAUUGAUCGAUUGGAUGACCAUCUACACCUUCGGCGCCGCCACCGCGCUCUCCCCGACCGCCGCGCAACUGGAAAACGCGAGCGGCGGCGUCUACAACUACGUCGGCGCGCUCGCCGUUUCCGCGAGCAUCGUCGCCGUCUAUUUAUACCAAGGCGUGUUCGCCAAAAAGUGA